CCUCCUGCCUGCCUCAUCCUCACAUUCACAUUGUUUUUAAGCAGAGAGAAGAACAGAGUGGCCAGUCAGUCAGUCACUGAGGCGAAUAAAGACCAGCUGAAAUAUAGUUGAGGCUAAAAAAAAGAGGUCAAGUGAAGCUCUAACUCAUUCUAAUUUUGGUUUGAGAUUGGAAAGGGAGACUGAAAAAAAAACCUUUUUUGAAUUCUUCAAAAACCAUGCUGCUUCUGGAUGAAUCUGAGUCAUUUGCAGACCAGUCCCACGGCGCCCCCUUCAGUUCCCAGAAUGAGGCUCAGGGAGGGGAUCCUGCUGUGUGGCAGUGCACCCCUCACCCAUCUACCUCACCGUCAGCGGAGACGCCUGCACACCCACCCCCAUCACAAUCCAUAUCCAGACCCCACUCCAGGCCUUCAAACCAAAGCCCCGCCCCUUCCUCCUCCCUGACAGGAAGCAAGAAAAGGACCUCCAAACCUGCACACAUAAGACGAAACAUCAGAAAGUUACUGCGGGAGCAUCAGUUGGAUGCAGUGACCAAAGCUGCCCAGCAGGAGGAGCUGCAUAGAAGGCGGCGUCUGGGUGAGCAAAGAAAGCAGGAGUUUCCUGAAUCACUGUUGCCUGAAUACUCAACAGCAGAUGUUGCACAACAGGUGGCGCCAUCGUUGGCAUCCGUUUCCACACAGCAAGAUGUUAAGUCGUCCAUACAGGAGGUCAUCUGUUUGGACCCCAACAGCACAGGCACCAGCGAGGAGGACGGCAAGAACAACUCCUCUGCUGCUACUGAACGCACAGACAAAACAGACAUUGCAGAUUUAAGCUCAGGGGAGGACGACACUGUUAUUCAAGUCGGUAGCGAGUCCACCAACGAGGAAGAGGAGGGUGAGCCGAGUGGGGCUCAUACCAACGAUGCCCAAAACCAAGCAGACGCCCAGGGCAGAGUGCUGGUCAACCUGAACCACCCACCUUCUGAGCCAGAUAUUUUCUUGGCACCGCAGCUCGCUCGAGCAGUCAAGCCUCACCAGAUUGGUGGGAUCCGUUUCCUCUACGAUAACCUGGUGGAGUCGUCGGAGCGUUUUAGCAGCACCAGUGGGUUCGGCUGCAUCCUCGCUCAUAGCAUGGGCUUGGGCAAAACACUGCAAGUCAUCUCAUUCAUCGACAUCCUCUUCAGGCACACCCAGGCUCAUACUGUACUCGCCAUCGUUCCGGUGAACACGCUGCAGAACUGGCUGUCAGAGUUUAACACCUGGUUUCCGCCCGCAGAGGCGUUGCCUGCAGACACCGACCCCUCUGUGGUAACGCCGCGCAGAUUCAAGGUUCACAUCCUCAACGAUGAGCACAAGAACACAGCAGCCAGGGCCAAGAUUGUGGAGGACUGGUCUCGGGAUGGGGGGGUGCUGCUAAUGGGCUAUGAGAUGUACCGCCUCCUGUCCAUGAAGAAAAGCUUCGGGGCUGGAAGGAAGAAGAGGAACAAAAAAACACCCGGAUCUGAUGUCAUCGACGUGGAUGAAGAAGACAAACAGCAGGAGUUACUUAAAGGUGUUGAGAAAGCUCUGGCUCGACCUGGUCCAGAUGUCGUCAUCUGUGACGAGGGACAUCGCAUCAAAAACUGUCAUGCCAGCACGUCUCAGGCUCUGAAGAGCAUCCGAACGCGCCGCCGCGUGGUGCUGACAGGCUAUCCUCUGCAGAACAACCUGAUUGAGUACUGGUGCAUGGUCGACUUUGUCCGUCCCGACUUCUUAGGUACGAGGCAGGAGUUCAGUAACAUGUUUGAACGUCCAAUUCUGAACGGACAGUGUGUGGACAGCACGCCUCAGGACGUCCAGCUGAUGAGGUACCGGAGCCACGUCCUCCACAGUCUGCUGGAGGGCUUUGUUCAGCGGCGAGGCCACGAUGUCCUCAGAGAUCAGCUGCCUUCGAAGGAGGAGCAUGUGAUUCUAGUGCGCCUCUCCCCUCUUCAGAGGGCGCUCUACACAGAGUUCAUGAACCGCUUCAGAGAGGCAGGGAACACCGGCUGGCUCAGCCUCAAUCCUCUGAAGGCCUUCUGCGUGUGCUGCAAGAUCUGGAACCACCCGGACGUCCUGUAUGAGGCCUUGCAGAAGGAAAAUCUGCCAAACGAACAAGAUUUAGACCUUGAUGACCUCACCUCAGCAGGAAAUGCUCGAUGUCCCCCUGCACCCAAUCAAAAGGUGAAGAACGCAGACAAUCCAAACCCCAAUGGAGGACCGAGCCUCGCCCAGCUGCAGGAGAAAGCCAAUCAAGUUAUCACUUUAGAAUGGGCUAAAGAGAUUAUGUUUGACUACAAGCCCGGGAUUCUGGAGAACUCUGCCAAGAUGGUGCUACUGUUCCACCUGAUCGAGGAGAGUGUCAGAAAUGGAGACAAAAUCCUCGUGUUUAGUCAGAGUUUGUCCACACUCACUGUGAUUGAGGAUUUCAUGGCCAAAAGACCAGUCCCCCCAUCGCCUCUUUCUCCCAGUGGAGACAGGCUGAACCAGAACUGGGUCAGAAACCUCAAUUAUUACAGGCUGGAUGGAAGCACAACAGCAUCUGAAAGAGAGAGACUCAUCAACCAGUUCAACGACCCCUCCAACACCUCAGCGUGGGUUUUCCUUCUCUCGACCAGGGCUGGCUGUCUGGGCGUGAACUUGAUUGGGGCGAACCGUGUGGUGGUGUUUGACGCCUCAUGGAACCCCUGCCACGACGCUCAGGCCGUGUGCCGGGUGUACCGCUACGGACAGAGGAAGCCGUGCCACAUCUAUCGGCUGGUUUGCGACUUCACACUGGAGAAGAAGAUCUACGACCGGCAGAUCUCAAAGCAGGGCAUGUCUGACCGCGUGGUGGAUGAUCUGAAUCCUGUGCUGACCUUCACCAGGAGGGAGGUUGAAUCUCUUCUUCAUUUUGUGGAGGAGGAACCGGACCCCUCCCUGGUGCAGCUGCAGCCUGAUCAUAGCACGGACAGUGUUCUCCAGAAGGCUCUUCAACUUUAUUCCAACCACAUCACCAAGCAACCGUUCCCCCACGAGUCUCUGCUGAUGGACCGCAGAGAGCUGAAGCUGAGCAACGCUGAGAAGAGAGCUGCAAAGAAAGGGUACGAGGAGGAGAAAAGGGCCUCUGUGCCAUACACCCGCCCAUCAUAUGCCCAUUAUUACCCUGCCAGUGACCAGAGCCUCACCAACAUCCCUGCCUUCAGCCAGAGGAACUGGCGACCUACUGUCACUGAGCAGAAACCAGUAGCAAGUGUCCGGCCAGUCCAGUCAACGCCAAAUCCCACGAUGCCUCGACAAGCAUCCGCAGGGCCGAACCGGGAUCCCUCCAGAUCCAGCCUGGAAGGCUUCCCUGUCAACUGCCUGCAAAAAGCUGGAGUCUUUGUCCAGAAAAUUGUCACCACAACUGACAUAAUCAUUCCAGGAACAAACAGCUCUAAAGAUUUUCAGGCCAGGAUCACUGCUGGAGAAAGCAUUCAUGUAAUAAGGGGCACCAAAGGGACUUACAUCAGGACGUCCGAUGGGAGAAUCUUUGCUAUCAGAGCAGCCGGGAAGGCCAAGACUUUGGAAGAGAGUGCAACAGCGCCACCCAAAGACUUACAAGUACGAGCUCAGGAAGUUUCAUCCAACGGCAGCAACGGUUGCUUGUCACCUGACAGGAGACAGCCAACCCCUUCCAAAGCUGUGCCCCGCCCUCUUUCCCCUGACAGCCCAGAGAUCAUCAAUGAGUUGCAGCGUUACACGAUUGGGUCGGGAGCGGAUGCCCCAGUGGCCUCCAACACGCAGCUUGGUACAGAAUCCAGCACAAACCCCCAGCUCUCCACCAAGCUGCUGCAGGCCAACGGCAGCAGUGGUGGGGGAAGCUCGGGCCACCGUAAUUCCUCUGGUACAAAGGUUCUCCAGGUCGGUGCAGAGGCCUGUGCUGCUCAGGAUUUGAGAGUGGGUUCUAAGCGUAAAGCGUCCCUGUCGCCACUGGAGGAGUGGGUCAGUAAGCAGCCUGCUGCCAGCAAUCCCCCCUCCGCCCCGCUGCCCUCACAUGGGUUUCCAUAUGGCGGGGGCUUUAACCUCCCCCCGGCGGGUCUCAGCUCUGCGAUGAUGGGUGGUUCACUGAGGCAUCCGCUGUUCAUAGGGUCAGGCUCACAUUACUUCCCCUCACCCCACACUCAGCUGGGCGACCCCAGGUACAUGUACCCAGAUCUGCUGAGCGUGAAUGGUGCCGGCGCCGCCACCACCUCCUCAUCCUCCCAUGCAACAACAACCACUGCCCCGGCUGUCUCAUCUUCCUCGUCCUCUGCAUCGGUCAGCGCGAGCAGUUCACUUCCUGGCUCCCUGCCUCCCUUCAUUAUGAGCCACGGCAUGGCUGGCAUGCUCCCAGCAGGAUACCCUCUGCCGUACAGCCCCACUCUGGCCAGCCUCUAUUCAGGCCCGCUGCUGCCAGGUUCAGCUGCCUCUCCGGGCAAAACCGGAACCAGUUUCUUGCCUCAAUACCCCCCAGCCGCUGCUUCUAACUCCUCCUCCUCAUCUUCACCUUCCUCUUCCUCCCCCUCAGCAUGGUCUGAGGGCCAAAGAGCCUCAGUUUUGGUGAACAGCGGAGAUGUAAGCAGCUACGACGACGACAAUGAUGAUGAUGAUGUGAUUGAGGUGAGACGCGGACAGUGACGCUUGUUUAAGUUAACAGAGGAAGCCCAAAAAAAGUUUUCUGAGGCAAAGACUGAGGGAUUGGAAGAGUGGAUGGACUGUUACUGUUAAGCAUUUCUUGGAGUCACCUACGCUGCCUUGUCUUAUGGGUGACUGAAGACAGACCGAACAGAGAGGGGCAAAUCUAUCAAAAGAUUGAAAGAUUCAGAGAGAGGAAAAAUAAAAAAUGAGCUUCCAAAUUUUAAAGUAAUCCUGGCAAUUACAUUCUCAUAACUGGACAUGUAGUGACUAAAAUGGCCACUAGGGGGUCUGUUGGCUAUUCAAUUUAGCUUAUUAUCAAAUUUUUCAUCUAACUAAGAAAUAAUCACACAUGAAGAGAAGUUGUGAGACAGGUUUGAUCAUUUCUGGUAGUAAAUGUGUAAAAUAACACAAAAAUGGUUUGGUUUUGUCUCCCAUUAAGUACUGCAACUGAAAAUCCCCGCAGUUAUUGUUUAAUAAAAAAAAGUUCCAAAAUUUAGUGAAAAGCAUUUAUUUAAAAACUUCACUGCCAGGAUUAAAUUUCAACUUUCUUAGCGAGGCAGAGAAAACCCGCAUGGGAUCAUCUUGAAUUGCCGUGGACACAGUUAUGGCUCAGUGGGGCUGAGGUUUAAGACCAUUUACUGAAACCCUGCAACUCUAGCAAAAGAAUGUAUGCUUUAUCAAAUGCCUUCAUACCAGGCCUUUUCGGAGAGACUCGUUCUGUUAAGCCAGAGGACAUGGGAAGAUGUAACUCUUCUGUUUUUGUAUUUGUACUGUACUUUUUAUGUCAUCUACUUUUUAAAGAAAACAAAUGCCUACAAAUAGACAGGUAAAAAAAAUUAAAAAAAAGGUUUCCUGCUUGUAGCGAAGAAACUACCAACAGAAAAUGCCUUCUUGCCUCCAUCUUUCUGAAUGUUAGCUGUGAGAGAGGAGAGGUCAAAAGAGAGGCGGUUUGUGGCACUCUCUGAAUCUCACACAGUCUUACUGUAGCCUAGUAAAUAAAAAAAUGAAAAAAACGAUGCAAAACGCUCACUCAAGCCUAUAUAUGUGUUUAUACAACCCAGAGGAACUGAACUCGCAGCUGCAAGCUUUAGUUACAUUGGUGUCGUUACUGUGUUUGUACCUGCCUGUUGUCCUUUUUAAGGGUUACAAAAGGAAUCGUACAGAAUAGAAGAAACAAUCUCAUGUUUUAGCUGUUGGGGAACUCUUUCUGAUACAUACUUCAACUCUUUGUUUUCUCCCAAAGCCAUUUAAUGUCAACAGAAAUCAGUAAAAACAGAGAGAAAGAGAUGACGUAGCUUUUUCGCAAGGUAGGCCAUUCACAAGCAUGUCUGACAUCCCUAUAAAGAGAAUGAAAAGACCAAAUACUCUUAAGGCUAAGUAAAUAUAUCAGAUCUGAAGUGUAGAAAGAGAACCGGAUACUCAAAGGAAACCUAGAAAAACUUAACAUGGCGAGAUUCCCUUUAAAUGAACAUUAAAACCACCAUCCAACUGUUCCUGUCUUAUACAACAAGUCUGCUGGGAUUCAGCACCAUCUAUUCAUCACAGUAGCUUUGGAAACUCGACAGCAUUUUCUUCAGAAAAAUGUGUUUUAUUCUGAAAAGUGUGGGUUUACUUGCUUCUUCUUUUUUGGGGGGGGGGUUCUUUUCAUUUUACAAUGUUGGAAUUUACCAAAUUAAUUUAUUUAUGACUGUGCAUAUUUAUUGAUUUUUAUUUUUCUACAAUGUGCUUUUUGGUUCUCAUUUGUCUGAUAAUUUUCUUACUUGUGAGAUUUUUUUUUAAUGCUUUUGUUAGUUUUGUGUAGAAACGUUUCCUCUCUGAAGUUCCUCUGUUGUGGAAGAACUGACGAUCAGCCAGUCUGACCCUACACAUGUGAACCUGUGCAGAAUUUGCAUGUGGACCAACAAACUGGUGCGUUACUGAGCAUAUUGAGGAUCUUUGAGAAGGAUAGAUGAAAUACUGUAUUUGAUACUAUUCAACCGUUUGUCUUGAAAAAUGUAAAAAUAAGACGAGGGAUUAGUUUGAUGUCAUACUGACUACAUGAGCAUUUUGACUGAGCGUUGUGGAAGGCACGUUUACGAGCUCCAACAAUUGAAAACAACAAUAUAAUCUGAUCUUUUGAGCUGAUUGUAACCAUGUAUGCUCAGAGUCUCUGGUCAAAAACUCAUUCAGUUCAUCUGCGGAAAAGAAAACCAUAAUAUUAAGUGCUUUCCUUUUUAUAGUUCACAACCAUAUCGACGGAACUGUCCAUUGGGGUCAGUCGGUUUCCUGAGUGUUGGAUUUUUUUUGCUGUCGGCUCGACUUCUGCAGCGCAAAUUGACUGCACUGCAGUUUCACAGCUGUCUACUUGAAUUUACAUAUUUAUUUAUAUGAACAGAUUAGGUUGGACAAAGCGUGCCAACGGUCUCAAUUCCAUUUUAGCCCAGGAGAAAAGGAAAUCUGCUGUCUUUACUUUGAGAAUUCAGAGCCUGUUGUGUGUAGAUUACAUGCAUAAUGUGUAUGACUUUUUUUUUUAAGUUUGUAAAUAAAAAACAUGCUCCAAAUGAUA